UACAUCCACAGGAAUAAUUAAAGGGUGUGUCAAAUUUCACAAAUGGCUACUGCUAGCUAGCUGUUUUAAUUAACAGCUAUUUUCUGAGUAUUGUAGCUAACAAAAAGCUAGCGCUUUAGUGCAAGGCUAACUCAUAUGUUGAAUAGAAAGUUUGUGCGGACAGAUGAUGCUAUGAAAGAUUCUGAAGAGACUGCAACAGCCUUCAAUGUGAGUCAAACUAGCCAUAACUCGAGCUUUAGUUUGCUAAUCCACGAAUCAAAAUCCAAGAGAACGUGGCUAGAAGCCUAUAGAAGCUGUUAGCUUUUGUCGCAUUGCAACCGUUGAGCAGUUACAGCUGGAACAGCUAAGACACACAGACACACACACAGUCAGCUUUACCGCAUCCCUGGUGCGGCUAUGCCUCGAGGCAUAAUUAAUAUGAAAGGUCUUCAUUUCUUUGAAAACAUCAUUACCAAAAUUAAUUGUUGUAUUUACUCCCACGUGGUUCUCAAGUUUUUUUCUCAACCUAGUACCUAGCCAUGGUGAUUGCAAUAGGAUUUGAAGGGAGUGCAAACAAGCUGGGUAUUGGCAUAAUCAAAGAUGGUGCUGUGCUCUCGAAUGUAAGGCAUACCUAUAUUUCCCCACCAGGAGAAGGCUUCAUGCCUCGACCCACUGCAAAACACCACCAAGAACACAUUCUCGACAUACUCAAGAAAGCCCUGGAGCAAGCAAAUAUUAAACCUGAAGAGAUCGACUGUGUGUGCUACACCAAAGGCCCUGGGAUGGGUGCUCCGUUGGUAUCCGUUGCCGUAGUAGCCAGGACAGUAGCUCAAUUGUGGAAGAAGCCGCUGGUUGGAGUGAAUCACUGUAUUGCUCAUAUCGAGAUGGGACGACUUGUAACAGGUGCACAAAAUCCAACAGUGUUAUAUGUCAGUGGUGGCAACACCCAGGUUAUUGCAUACUCGCAGAGACGAUAUCGUAUUUUCGGGGAGACGAUUGACAUUGCUGUCGGAAACUGCCUAGACCGUUUUGCUCGAGUUCUCAAACUCUCAAACGAUCCUUCGCCUGGAUACAACAUUGAACAGUUAGCCAAGAAAGGCGAACAGUACAUUGAGCUCCCAUAUGUGGUAAAAGGAAUGGACGUUUCAUUUUCUGGUAUCCUCUCUUAUAUUGAAACCAUUGCCAAGGCAAAGCACGACAAAGGAGAAUGUACAGCAGCUGAUCUGUGCUACUCUCUACAAGAAACGGUGUUUGCAAUGCUUGUGGAGACAACUGAAAGAGCAAUGGCUCAUUGCGGUUCUGAUGAGGUGCUUAUUGUGGGUGGUGUGGGGUGCAAUCUUCGUCUGCAAGAAAUGAUGAGAAUAAUGGUUGAGGAGAGAGGAGGUAAAGUGUAUGGAAUGGACGAUAGGUAUUGUAUCGAUAACGGAGCCAUGAUAGCUCAGGCUGGAUGGGAGAUGUUUAAAAGUGGACAAUUGACGAAAAUGGAAGACAGUUGGAUUACUCAGAGAUACAGAACUGAUGAAGUGGAGGUCACUUGGAGAAAUGACUGAAUUUAAACAUGAUUGGUCAGAUAUAAGUCUUUUGUCAUGUUGGUCAGAUUUUGCAGCUGAGCUGAGA